AUGGACAUCAAUCACGAAGUUGAUCUUUUUUUAUUGAUCGGGUUUUUGAUUUGGCGGACAAUUCUCAACACCGAUCACUCUUCAACAAAAGUUCAGAUGGAAUUGCUUUUCGAAGAGCCAUUCCUAAAUCCCGAUCUUCCACCAAUCAAAACCGAAGAAUGGGCUGAGCAACUUCAAUCGUUUAUUGCAAAACGUAAUCAAAUGCGAAAGAUCAUUUUCACGUGGACAAGUGGAGAUUGCGAGGGAAACGAAGGGAUUUUGGGGAAACUGAAAAAGAAAUCUGCUCCGAAGAAUCAGGGGAAGGGAGGAUUUCAGAAGCUAAAAAACCUGGCUUUGAUCAGAUGGAUGGAAUGCCACGUCAACCUGGCUAAAGCCAAGAAGAAGGGACUUGAUUUGGAUAGUAUUCGAUUGGAACCGGUCAUUGAGAUUGCGGUCGAA